GUCAGAAAAACGAACAUCCCGUGAAUGCGUCAAGCACUGUUACGGAACCACGUUACGAGACGAAUUCAGCCGGGUUCACCUCGUCUUCUCCUUUUGUCCCCAGUGACAGGAGAGCCUAGCGUGAUGACAUUGGGACUGAGGUCAUGGCAUUGAAGCUGGUCCAAAGACUUUCAGUAGGAGUUCAUCUCGGUUCCGUCUUCCCAGCAGCCUGGCCCGUGUGCGUGGCCUGCCUACACGCAUCGGCGGGGCGUUGCAUCCUCACAGGUGGCUGCCGCAGGCUCCAGCCAUCGCGAAGCACCAGGAGCCUGACCGCCGUCGUCCGGGACCCGUCGUUUGUGGGAACGCUCGGGGACUCUGCACCCCGGUUCCGUCUGACCCAGCGACACGGUCCCGCCGACAAAGACGAACGCGACUUCCACAAGCGUUUGAACGACUGCUCGUCUUCAUCCCAGGUUUUCAAGGUGCUGCGCUCAUCGACGGCAGUGUCAGAUGGCGCGGCGGCCGCCGCACUGCACCGCCUGGCCGACCUGGAGCGGGAGGAGGGCGAGAACCCCUGCCUGCGUGACCCCUCGGUGCUGGAAGACCACGCCGUUCGAGCACUGUGCCUGCAGCUUGAGUGCGACUCGCGCCUUUUGUCCGAUUCCGCUUUGAUGUCGGCUCUUCUGGCGUGCACGCGUCUCUACAUCGACCCCUGGAGCACCCUGAUGGUGCGUCUGUUGUCGGAGAGCCAGGAGAGGCUAGAGGGCGGUGACCUAAGCGUGAGCCAGCUUUGCACGCUUGGCCGGGCGGCGCUGGCCGUAGAGGGCUCCGGGGGCGCCAUGCUGGCGGAGGUCAUGGCACAAAUCCAGAAGGCGGCACCCUCACGGUGGAGCUUAGACGAACUUGUGGCGGUGUACCAGCUUCUGCGAAGUGGCGCGGCACUCUGCGGCAAAUACAGGGACCUCCUGAAUGCCAUGCAUGCCCACGCUGUGACGGUGGCGCCUUCCAUGGACGAGGUGGCUGUCAGUGGGCUGCUCGGCGCCCUGAAGGACCUGGACCAAACCCAGGCCACGCCGCUGGUGAUCCAGUUGUGCAAACGGGCCGUGCGCCACCUGCCCCACUUCUCUGACGAGCAGCUGGCAGCCGUCCUCGCCGCCCUCAUGCACUUUGGACAUAGCGACCGCUACCUGGUGGAGGCGCUGGAGCGUCGCAUGUCCGCCGCCGCCUUCACGUGCCACCCGGAGACGCUUACCAAAACUACGCAGUUCUUGAGCCGCAGGAACAUCCUGUCGCCGGCUGUGCUGGACGCCGUGGCCGAGAGCUUCGUGUACCGAGCAGACGGCUACAGCACGGGGCAGAUAGCGCGGCAGAUUGCGCCAUUCGGGAAGCUGGCCUACCUGCCGCCCAACGCCGGCGAGCUCUUCAGAAAGGUGGAGAGCAUCCUGCGCACGCGAUUCUCACAGUUUCAGCCCCGCACUCUGUUGAGGCUUCUGCACUCGUGCAUCCUGGUGGAGAGGUUUCCCGUCAACUUUGUUUCCAAGGUCUUCAGCAGCUUCUUCCUGCAGCAGCUGCAAGAGGAAAAGCACGGAAUGGACCAUUUUGUCCUGGCGCAGCUGACUCAACUCUACAUGACCGUCAAAUUAGAGUGUCCCUUCUAUGAGGGUCCUCGUCUGCUCCCCAAGUACCGCGUCAAGUCCUUCCUGAUGCCGGGACGCUCCCUGGAGACGGCGGUGGAGCCGCAGCUGGACAAUUCGGUCAAGUCGGGCCUGGUGCAGCUCUUUGGCGCGCGCUCCUACUUUGCCUCUAAAGUUUUGACGCCUUACUGCUACACGCUGGACGUGGAGAUCAAGCUGGACGAAGAAGGAUACGUGCUCCCUGCCAGCCAUCAGGACGUCUUCAAACGGAUAGCGCUGUGCAUUGACGGCCAGCGGCGCUUCAGCACCAACGCCAGACGGCUCCUCGGUAGCGAGAGAAUCAAGCAGCGCCACCUCCAGCUGCUGGGGUACCAAGUUGUCCAGAUCCCCUUCUAUGAAUUUGAGCAACUGCGCAGCAAGGCCGCCGUCAGCAAUUACCUCCACCAGAAAAUCUUCCCUCACAGCUACAGACUAAUUUGGUGAUUUAUGACUCCAAAUGUUGAUAUUUGAGCUUUGUAACUAGAAAGGAUGAGGGUAAGAAAAACAAAAUGCCAAUUAAACAUGACAAGGGUUGCAUUAUAUGCAGCGUUGUUUGAAAAAUA